AUGUCAGAGCCUGGUGUCUCUGCCACGCAGGAAGGAGUUGCUAAUCGCGGCAGCACCGCCAAUGGUGGUCGAUGCUUGGAGUCUUUCCUCGCCAGGUAUGCCUCGCGAUGUAAAGAGUCUGCCACCGAGAUGAACCCUCGUGCGCUGCAGGCUGCUGUUGCGAUGCAAGAGGCUCUUGAAAAAACGAAAGGGGAUGUGUCCGACGUGGGUGCCAAGGCACGAGGAGCAACGUACACACUCAGUGCCGUGCCACUUGGCGUUAGCGGCUCGCAGGCACUUUUUCCAGCCAUUGCCUGCAUGCCUCUUGUAAGGCUCGGUCUCGCCGACUGUUAUUUGGGUGACGCCGGCACCCGCAUCCUCGCGGAAGCGUUGAGCACAAGUUCCCGUUGUGGGAGUGUGAUGCGCGUGAUUUGCUUAAGUGGUGUGGGUAUCACAGAUGCUUCAUCGCUGGCGUGUUUCGUGACGGCAACCCAGCAGCUGCAGCUGCUGGAUGUGUCUCGCAACAGAAUCGGCACACAACCGCACACUUUGGCGGUGCUGUGUGCGGCGAUGCGGCACCACAAAUCAUUGCAGGAGGUGAAUUUGAGUGACAACCUGAUAACCGGCUCAUGCGCCGUGAGUGUGCAGGCAAUUGCGGAGUGGGUGGUGUGCGCUGGUCACGACGACGUUUUGCAUCGCAUUGAUUUGCGCUUUAACGCAUUGGGGAUGCUGCGGGAGGCUGGCAGUGUUGCCGCUCCGGCGUUGAUGAAAGGGACACGCCUCAUCUACGCCGCACAUCCACUUGUGGAUGCGGUUUUGCUUAACAACACCGUGGAAUCCCUUGAGCUGUACGCCAACGCCCUUUCAGCCGAUGUCCUUGAUGUCGUGGAAGCCAAGUUGGCUGUCAACAGGCGCACGAAGGAGAUUCUGCGGAAGUUGUUUGCGCAGGAGGCUUCGGGCAGCGUGUGA